CCGCUGCCGCCGCCGCCGUCGGAGGAGGAACCCGGCCGCGCACCAUGGCGGGGAGGGGCCGCAACGGCUUCGACGACGACGACGUCAACCCCUUCGCGGGUGGGAGCGUUCCCCCGGCAUCCAAUUCUCGACUCUCACCUCUCUCCCACGAACCAGCAGGUUUUUAUAAUGUGGACAUUCCAAUGGAUUCAACUAAGGAUAAGAAAAAAGAGAAAGAACUCCAGGCGAUGGAAGCUGAUCUCAACAAAAGAGAAAAGGAAUUGCAAAGGAGGGAAGAGGCUGCAUCACGAGCUGGAAUUGUCAUUGAAGAGAAAAACUGGCCACCCCUUUUCCCUAUGAUUCACCACAAUAUUUCAAAUGAGAUACCCAUCCAUCUACAAAAAAUGCAGUACCUUGCAUUUUCAUCAUUUUUGGGAAUUGCUGCCUGCCUCUUCUUCAAUAUCAUAGCGACUACAACAGCAUGGAUUAAAGGGGAAGGUGUUAUGAUUUGGCUGCUUGCAAUUAUCUACUUCAUAUCUGGUGUCCCUGGGGCAUAUGUGUUGUGGUAUCGCCCUCUUUAUAACGCAAUGAGAACUGAGAGUGCUUUGAAGUUUGGGUGGUUCUUUCUGUUUUACAUGAUUCAUAUAAUCUUCUGCGUGUGGUCAGCAGUGUCUCCUCCAUUUCCUUUCAAGGGAAAUUCUUUGACUGGGAUUUUGCCUGCCAUUGAUGUCAUAACCAAGAGUGCUAUUGUUGGGAUAUUUUACUUUGUUGGAUUUGGACUGUUCUGCCUUGAAUCACUGCUGAGCAUAGCUGUCAUUCAGCAAGUAUACAUGUACUUCCGUGGAAGUGGAAAAGCGCAGGAGAUGAAACAACAGGCAGCACGUGGUGCCCUGAGUUCCGCGUUCUGAUGAAGAAAACCAGCAGCCAGAGUAAUAGGCAAGGUAGUGAGUGGGAAGGAAGACAUGAUGUCUGCCGAUUGGGCAUGGUAGUCUUGUACAUCGCUGCACCGUGCGGAUUUGGAUCGUCGAAAGCAUACACAGCUAUAUCUUUUUGCUCUUCUGUUCAUACAAAUAUAACGAGCCUUCUUGCGUGGAUACUUUUAACAUGUUGUGUUGUUUCCAUUUGUUGACAUGGUUUUAGAUGUAGCGAGAAUUAAUAUCCUUGGUUGAAUAUAUCUGCAUAUGCCGGUUCAUUUCCUUGCAA